AUGGAGGAAUUUGCGAGACUUGAUCCUAGCACAUCUGAUGAAAAAAAGAAAGUUCAUGUGUUUGCUUUGAGUAUCUACGGAUUAGUGAUUUUCCCAAGGGCACUAGGGCAUGUUGACGAAGCUGUUUCAGACCUUGUUGAUCGGUUGGAUAAAGGGGUCACACCUGUUCCUGCGAUUUUGGCUGAAACGUUUAGAUCUUUGAAUGCGUGUAGGCGACCUGGUGAAGGCAGAUUUAUAGGUUGUGCACAACUGUUGAUAGCCUGGUUCCAUAGUCAUUUCUGGAAGGUGGACAAAGUUUCGUAUCGGGUUUUCUCUGAGCAUUAUUCCCCGUUAAAGGAAGUAGUGGCUACCCUCAGAAGGGACGAUAUAUCAGAAGAAAAUUGGAUAGCAAUUCUCUUUGGCUGGGUUCCGUUGCUUGGGAUCUGGGGAGCCGUCGGAUAUGCACAUUUGCUGGUCCUAAGGCAAUACAAUUCAAGACAGUUUGUGCCUACAACGUAUGGUUUAGCUCAAUGUAAGUUCUCGUACCGAGGAGGCAAUUACAAGAAAAAGGUGAAGGAAAUUUCUCAGGCUUGGAAUCAGGUUAUGAAAAGGCUAGCUGUGGGUUCGAUGACAACUCCAGAGUAUGGUGAGUGGCGAAGUAAAAGGAUUAAUGAUUACAUCCCGGAGUUAAACUUAGAGAGUGCUCGACCAAUGGAAGAAUAUCUACAAGUGAUCCUAUCAGAGUUGGAGAUUAUAAAACAAGAUUUUGAAAAGAGGAAUUUAGAGCUUGAAAAGAAAUUAGAACAGUUGGAAGAAGAGAAGAUGCACUUGAGGCUAGACGUCGACGUCCAAAAAUUAGAAGUCAAAAAAUUAAAGAAGGGGAAGAAUAAAGUAGAGGAAGAUCUCGAUAGCUUAAAGACGAACUACAAGAAAUUACGAGUAUCAAUGAGAACUGCCGGGCUGGGAAAGACUUCAGAGCAGUGGUGA